AUGUUGUUAAAUUUUUCAAAAAAAAAAGACGAAAAUGAUGUUGAAAAUUCUAAAACACUUCCACCAGAAUUAAUUCGUCCGAUUGUUCUUCAUUUAAAAAAUGAUAAAAAAUCUCUUCAUUCUUGCUUAUUAGUUUCUCGAGAUUGGUGUAAAGAAACGGUAGAUUUAUUAUGGAUACAACCAUUUCAUUUCUUAUACACUUGCAAUAAAAUAAACCCUUCAGUUUUUUCACUAUUUAUAAAUUCUAAACUAUGUCACUGUUCAAAUGAGAAACGUCAAUAUCAAGCUACUAAUUUAUUGAUGACCUAUCUAUUAAUUAAACAUGAUAAAGCAUUCGUUGAAAAAGGAAUUAUUAAAGCGAAAAGCGAAAGAAUUACUUUUGAUUAUUUCGAAUUUUUAUUUGUAUUGGACUUGCAUGAAUUAUAUUGUGCAAUUAAAGAUUGGAAUCAAUGGAAUAAUUCCAAUUCAAAAUCCAACAAAAACGAUUAUUCACCUUUAACAUUUGGAAGUAUAAUGAAAUACUUUAUUAUGAACAUACCAAAGUUAAAAAUACUUUCAUUUGAUACAAAAUUUAUUUUCUAUAAGAUUAAUAACAAAAAUCCUUGUUCAUUUCUUAUUAAAGUAGAUAAAUAUGAUGAUGAUGAUGUAAAUGAUGAUUACAACCAUUUUAUUUACAGUGAUAAUUACAUUCUUAAUUUAUUAAUUAAGGAAUCAAAAAUUCCUGAAAUUACUCAAUUUUUUGCCAAUUUAACUGAACUUGUACUCACUAUAAGAGAAAGGAAAUAUGAAAUAUUCUUUUCCUUUUCACAAAUUUGUUAUAAUAUUCAAAAAUUAAUCAUUAGAAUUAAUUAUCCUAUCUACUUUUAUUGUGGAAAUGCAGCACGGGCAGAAGUAUCAAGUGAAUCUUACUAUCUUGCUUCUCUAAUAAGAUCUCAACAUAAUUUAGUUCAUUUUGAAUUAUUUGAUAUUCCAGAAAUGGGUAUAAAUGAAAUUUUAAAAUCUUUAAAAGAAUCUCAACAUAAUUCAUUAAAAACUCUGAUUCUUAAUAAUGCACGGAUAAAUUAUAAUAGUACUAUUUUAUCUUACAUGAAAUAUUUACAAAAUUUGCAAGAAUUAAGGCUUAUUAACUGUAUAUGUGGUAGAGGUAUAUUUCUUAAUAAUAAGAAAAAUAAGAAAGAUAUAUUUGAUGAUGAAAAAAAUUAUGAGGAAGGUUUAUGGUUACCUAAUCUUAAAUAUCUUCAAGUAGAUUAUAUUGAUGAAAAAGGAGAAGAAUUAAAUGAAUUAUCAUUAAUUAUAUCUUCAGUUUUAAUUAGAUGUUCUCCUUUAUUAAAUAAUGGUAUUUAA